AUGGUCAAAGUAAGAAGUACCCACGAAAAAGAAUCCCUGGCAUACAAACCAUUUGAGAGCUGGUUAUUUCCAGUCAGGGGACAUGCCACUAUACGCAAGAACGGUCGAGAAAGGGAGAUAGGCGAUGCAUUUGGCCUUGUAGUUCGUCGGGAUAGAAUCGCCUGGCAAUUUCUUGAGAAUAUGGAAUACCCAAGCUCCGGCACUAUGCAACUGGCGCUCGAUAUAUUUGAUCGACAUGGCUGUUUGAAAGAAGAAUACAUACAUCAUCCUAUCCGAAAGGGACUGGGGGUUUGGGGGAGCGAGCUAAAUGAGGGCAAUUUUCUGAUCAUUGAAACAGUUACUGUCAUGAGUAAAUUUCGUCGCCAGGGCAUUGGUCGGAAAUUGGUACUGGACAUGAUCAAGAAAUCAAUAUAUCUUGUCAACAAUGUUCGCUUCGUGUUGGCGUAUCCAACUUGUUUGCACCGCGGUGAAGAUCUGCGAGAUCGUGCAGGUAAAACAAAAAAAGAACGUUUUGACAUGGCGGACGCGCAACAUUCAGUAGCCGUUAGAUUUUUCAGGGACCUUGGGUUCCGACGCAUAGGGACUAGCCACUGGUUUGCCUUAUCUAACAUGGAUGUCCACCACCCUUCACGCAGUGUUCCGGUCAUCGAGGAUCUAGACCCUCUGGAAGCGGAACGAUUAUUUGACGACUACGACUCGGACGACUCGCAGCCUGAAGUGCCGAAGAGUAAAACUGUCCAUGUUAGCGCACCCAUCGGUGCUGAUGGCAAUUUCGACUACAGAGAGAAUAUAUCUUCGAAUCACCAAGUCGCAGCAGACUAUUUUGGAGAGAAGACUAGGAGCGGAUUCGCUCGAUUGUACCCGAUCCAUAAUGCGCUGCAGAGCCUUUCCGAUUCCCAGUGUCUUACGCUGCUUAAAGAAUACGCGACAGAACAUGACAGUUCGCUGGCAGACUUGGAGAAAAUGGAGGAUAAUGAGAGAAACAAUCUUCUUCACACAGCAGCUUGCCACUUCAAGCCAAUGUGCGUUUCAUGGAUUUUACAUUCUCUCACUACCGAUCACCCACACCUGAAAAGCGACCGAAACAUCCAAGGCUACACUCCAAUAGAGGCAUUGCAGGCCAAACUCGAGGAAACACGGUUGGGUCAUUAUCACGUUAAUCAACGCUUCACAGUCCGAGCCGACAAGUUUGCCGGAUUUGACGAAAAUGCGGCUUUAUGCAUGUGUGCUAUGCGUGGGUGGUCACCCAAGGACGACACAGAUCGUUGGAAUCGAACUCGAUUCGGUUGUACUUGCGGCUUCUGUCUUGGAGGAUAUCUAAGUCCCUAUAUGAGCAAGAGCCUACAGCAAAGUGCUGAAGAAAUUUUGGAUAGAUUUGCGUCAACCGAAACAAUGCCCAAUCGGCUUCUAUCCAGAAUCAACGUACUUCAGUACACCCCCAAAAAUAUUCACUCGGCAUUUAAGAAAAGUAAAGUGGUGCGCAAGGGUUUUCGGCUAUUUUUCUCCACCAUAGUCGAGUGUCUUCAAUCCAAGCGGUGUCCUACAGCGGAUAACCUAAUGGAUAUUUAUCGGGCAAAGCGAGCCUGGCCCCAAAUGCACUUGUUUUAUUUUAGUCGCGGUGGAAGUAUUGAAUCAGCUUUCAAAGUUGUUCUUGAUUUAGCAGAGCAAAAUUUUAAGGACCUUUUCGGCUGUGUCGAGGACAGAUCCUUGUCUGACUUGCGACGAUGUAGAAAUGAUUACGAGUUUGCAAUGGUGAGACGACUGUGUACGACUGAUACAAGCGAUGCUCAGGAAACACCAGGUUCAAUGGAUCAGCUACUAUCGUGA